AUGCGAAAAUCUUCGCUCUCAAGAAUUGUCACCUCACCUCCUCAACCGCUUGAGACCUCACAGUUUCAUUCACUGCUCAUUAUCCCCGUUUUCGUCCAACAACUAGGGGGUCAAAGCUCAUCGAUUUCACCUAACAGUAGUAAUACGAUAAUGGCUUCCCCGAGUGCUGCUAAACACGAACUAACCACCAACACUCAGUCGUCUAACACCGCAAGCGAACAAAUCAAGGGUUUCCCGCCUAACACCAACAAGUUUCCAGACCCUGAGAUCUCGGCCAAGAUCUUAAUUCUCCCUCACGAUCUUCGAGUGUUCCUGGAGCGUGAUUUUGACGCCAAGGUACAAACCAUCAAGAAUCUUGACUACUACCGAAUCUUAGCUCACUUCAAUCCCAAAACCUCGUCACGCCCGACUCACAACAAAGCUAAAUUGCUGGCCGACUUCUUAAAGGAUGUACGACCACACCUAGACCACUUCUUGAUCGACUCACCAAAGCCACCACCCCCUCCAAAAGGUGCCUCUGUGGACUUUGACCCACUCCAUCGACGCACCACACGUGAAAUGCUAGCCGGCGCAAUAAUGUCCGCAAACCCCAAGGCUGUGAUCCUCCCUGGCUCCCGAAUUGAUCAAUUGCUUGUACUUUUCAAAAAGCAUGUUGACCCUGAUCUUAUUCUGCCGGCCAAUACCGAGUUUAUCCGCAAGCCUAUGGUCAUGUCAAUCGAAAAAGCGCGUCAAACCCCAAUUGAGAGCCUACGAUUCGCGCUUCAGUGCCAUGCUCCACAGAUCUUUGUCCAUUCUAUUGCUAUGACUCGACCCCAUCUUGCCAGCUUGUAUAUCAAAUUUGUUGCGGAAGAGGCGGACACGGAUGAUCUUCUUGUUGAAGGCUACCAUUAUUCUGUGGUCGUAGACCCUAUGGAAACCGGUCUAUGA